UUAUGAUAAAAGAAGAAACAUUUGAAGAAAAUGAAAUAAUGGAACCUGAACAACAAUUACAUCCUAAAUGCGAAAUCAAGGAAGAUAAAUAUGAUUUAGAAUGUCGAAAUGACGAUGGAAACAAACUUUUUUCAUGCAGUGACUGUGAUGAAACAUUUCAAAUUGAAACAAGUCUAAUUUUACAUCGACGAAUUCACACCGGAGGAAGGCCUUUUUCAUGUGAAGAUUGUGAUAAAACAUUCAUUCAGAAAAGUAAAUUAAUUGAACAUUUACGAAUUCACACUGGAGAAAAACCGUUUAUAUGUGAAAUUUGUGAUAAAACAUUUAGUAAGAAUGGUUCUUUAACUCGACAUAAACUACUAAUUCACAACGGAGUAAAAUCGUUUUCAUGUGACGAGUGUAAUAAGAAAUUUGGAUUGAAGACAUCUUUAAUUGAACACAAACGAACUCACACUGGAGAAAAACCAUUUUCGUGUGAAGAUUGUGGUAAGUCAUUUACACUGAAAAUCAAUUUAAAUACACAUAAAAUAACUCACACCGGAGAAAAACGUUUUUCAUGUGAACAUUGUGAUAAAAAUUUUACUACGAAAGGCCAUUUAACUGAACAUUUACGAAUUCACACUGGAGAAAAACCUUUUUCGUGUGAAGAUUGUGAUAAAUCAUUUAUUCGGGCAAAUCAGUUAACUCAACAUAAAUUAACUCACACUGGAGAAAAACCAUUUUCAUGUGAACAUUGUGAUAAAAAUUAUACCAAGAAAAGCCAUUUAAUUGAACACUUACGAAUUCACACAGGAGAAAAACCAUUUUCGUGUGGAAGUUGUGAUAAAUCAUUUACUACGGCAAGUCAGUUAAAACAACAUAAACGUAUUCACACUGGAGAAAAACCAUUUUCAUGUGAAGUGUGUGAUAAAAGUUUUACUCAGAAAGGUCAAUUAAUUCAACACGAACGAAGUCACACUGGAGAAAAACCUUUUUCGUGUGAGUAUUGUGAUAAAGCAUAUAGUAUGGCGAGCCAUUUAAAACGACACAAACUGGGAAGUCACGCUGUGGAAAUGCUUUAUUCAUGUGAAGAUUGUGAUAAAACUUUUAUUAAGAAAAGCCAGUUAAUUGAACAUUUACGAAUUCACACGAAAAUUAAUAAAAACAAUUAUGUAAUGGAACAUGUAGGCGUUAAAGAAGAAAUACUUGAAGAAUCUAAUAAAAUGGAAUAUGACCCAGUUAAAGAAAAACAUAGUACAAUGGAACACGUAGCUAUUAAAGAAGAAAUACUUGAAGAAAAUGAUAAAAUAGAAUAUGAUCUAAUUAAUAAAGAAGAUAAUACAAUGGAACUUGUAGCUAUUAAAGAAGAAAUACGUGAAGCAAUUGAUAAUACGAUGGAGCAUCGAGGACUUAUUUUAAAUGACCCGUUACAAUAGAGUUCUCUACUAUGUUUGAAAAAAUUCUUCAAAAUGUUGAUUUUCGUAAUAAAAAGCAACAAAAAAAUAUAUUUGGGCAAA